AUGCAGCGCGUCGCGGUGCGCAACGCCCGAUCCACCGAAGCGCGGCGGCCUUCCAGCGCAGCCCGCGCGCACUCCCCGGGGGUCCACACGCGCGCCGACGCGAGAGCCUCACAGGGCCCGCGGCCAGCAGAGCAGCGGCCGCCCCCGCGCGGUCCUCUCAAAGACGUACAGCGUGGCCGCUGCCAGCCCGGCGAGCAGCGCGGUGCCCCUCCCUUCGUCGCCGCCGUGAACUCCGUCGGGCCAGCCGGGGGCGGUGGCGCUCGGCCGUGGCCCUGCCGGCGCGGGUCGGGAGACCAGCGGCCGGCGUCAAAGAGGAGCGGAAGAGCAAACAUCUGCAUCAGCAGAAGUUUCCAGAGGUCCGCGCGGACUUCUUGGAUAGGCGCUCGACCCCUCCCUGGCACGCUCAGCGCGGCGCCCGAGGCGCCGCCGGACUUGCAGCGCGGAUCCAGCGCCAAAAAGGGUCCAGCGCCGAUCCAACAAAUCCGCGCAGACCUCCAGAAGCUGACGUUAAUUCAGAUUUUUCUUCUUCGAAUGAAGAGCCCGUUGAACCUGAGGGAGCGCGAUAGGGGGAAUUCAUGGACCCCCAGAGGGCUCGACACAGUCCCCAGGACAGAUUCUUCAUCGCAUCGCCAGCGGCGGAAAUUUGUCUGA